AGCGCGCGUGCGCGGUGGCGCGACCGAUCGCUGACUGGGUCCGAGCGGUGGAGCGGCGAGCCGGACCUGGGUUGGCGCUGAGGUGGCGGGGAUUUGGGGCGGCGAGGCAGCUGGACAUCCCGCGCCGGGCGGGUGAGUGCGGAGGAGAGGUCGGCGGCGACUCGCUGGGUCUGCGAAGCCCGGCGCCCACACCUGCCCCUGAGGUGGGGUCGCGGGGGCGGCUGUGGAGCGACCGACUGAAGGACUGACAGGCAGACGGGGCAGACGACGGGGAGAAGCACCGCCCGCGACCGGGAGAGCGGCGGAGCCGGACCUCGCAGGGCAGAUAUUUCUGGACCAGAUGAAGCCCGAGGAAUCUUCCAGCUGUAGAAUAAUAGGCCAGGAAGCCUUCUGAUUGUGGAUUUGCAGAAGACUUGCCCCACCUCUCCACACAAUGUCAGGAAACCACAUACCUUCUGCCAGUGGCCCCUUCUCAGCCCUGACUCCGAGCAUGUGGCCCCAGGAGAUCUUGGCCAAGUAUACGCAGAAGGAAGAGUCAGUGGAACAGCCAGAGUUCUGCUACGAUGAGUUCGGUUUCCGCAUGGACAAGGAAGAUGGCGCGGACCCCAGUCCCAGCAAGCUGCCGGGGGCGGCUCUUUUGGAGGACCCCCCGCAGAGGCUGCGGUGGCAGGCCCACCUGGAGUUCACCCACAACCACGACGUGGGGGACCUCACCUGGGACAAGAUCGCCGUGUCUCUGCCCCGCUCGGAGAAGCUUCGCUCCCUGGUGCUGGCCGGCAUCCCACACAGCAUGAGGCCGCAGCUGUGGAUGCGGCUCUCUGGGGCUCUGCAGAAGAAGCGGAGCUCCGAGCUGUCCUACCGAGAGAUGGUGAAGAACAGCUCCAAUGACGAGACCAUUGCUGCCAAACAGAUUGAGAAGGACCUGCUCCGCACCAUGCCCAGCAACGCCUGCUUCGCCAACGUGAGCAGCAUUGGGGUGCCCCGCCUGCGCAGGGUUCUCCGAGCCCUGGCCUGGCUCUACCCAGAGAUCGGCUACUGCCAGGGCACCGGCAUGGUGGCUGCCUGCCUCCUUCUGUUCCUGGAGGAGGAGGACGCUUUCUGGAUGAUGUGUGCCAUCACCGAGGACCUGCUCCCUGCGUCCUACUUCAGCACCACUCUGCUGGGCGUCCAGACUGACCAGCGGGUCCUGCGCCAUCUCAUCGUGCAGUACCUGCCCCGCUUGGACAAACUGCUCCAGGAGCACGACAUUGAGCUGUCCCUGAUCACACUGCACUGGUUCCUCACGGCCUUCGCCAGCGUGGUGCACAUCAGGGUGCUGCUGCGCCUCUGGGACCUGUUUUUCUACGAGGGCUCCCUGGUGCUCUUCCAGACCACGCUGGGCAUGCUGCGGCUCAAGGAAGAGGAGCUGAUCCAGUCGGAGAACUCGGCCUCCAUCUUCAACACACUGUCAGACAUACCUUCACAGAUUGAGGACGCGGAGCUGCUGCUGGGGGAGGCCAUGCGGCUGGCCGGCUCCCUCACGGAUGUGGCCGUGGAGACGCAGCGUCGCAAGCACCUGGCUUACCUCAUUGCAGAUCAGGGCCAGCUCCUGGGGACCACUGCCACCACCAACCUCUCGCAGGUUGUGCGUCGCAGGACCCAGCGGAGGAAGUCCGGCAUCACCUCCCUGCUCUUCGGGGAGGACGACCUGGAGGCACUCAAGGCCAAGAACAUCAAGCAGACGGAACUGGUAGCUGACCUCCGGGAAGCCAUCCUGCGCGUCGCACGCCAUUUCCAGUGCACAGACCCCAAAAACUGUAGUGUGGAGCUGAGCCCGGAUUACAGCAUGGAGAGCCACCAGCGGGACCACGAAAACUAUGUGGCAUGCUCACGCGGCCACCGGCGCCGGGCCAAGGCCCUGCUGGACUUUGAGCGACACGAUGACGACGAGCUGGGCUUCCGCAAGAAUGACAUCAUCACGAUCAUCUCUCAGAAGGACGAGCACUGCUGGGUCGGGGAGCUGAACGGCCUGAGAGGCUGGUUUCCAGCCAAGUUUGUGGAAGUCCUGGAUGAACGGAGUAAAGAGUACUCCAUCGCGGGGGAUGAUGCUGUGACAGAAGGCGUCACGGACCUUGUACGAGGGACCCUGUGCCCAGCUCUCAAGGCCCUGUUUGAACAUGGGCUGAAGAAGCCGUCCCUGCUUGGGGGCGCCUGCCACCCAUGGCUGUUUAUUGAGGAGGCAGCAGGCCGGGAGGUAGAGAGAGACUUUGACUCGGUGUAUUCACGCCUGGUGCUGUGUAAGACGUACAGGUUGGAUGAAGAUGGCAAAGUCCUGACCCCGGAGGAGCUGCUCUACCGGGCUGUGCAGUCUGUGAACGUGACCCAUGAUGCCGCACACGCACAAAUGGACGUCAAGCUCCGGUCCCUUAUCUGCGUGGGGCUCAACGAGCAGGUGUUGCACCUGUGGCUGGAGGUGCUGUGCUCCAGCCUGCCGACCGUGGAGAAGUGGUACCAGCCCUGGUCCUUCCUGCGCAGCCCCGGCUGGGUCCAGAUCAAGUGCGAGCUCCGCCUCCCCGCUCCCUUCCUCCAGCGUCCUCUGCUGCUUCGCCUUCAGCCUCUCCCAGGACUGGGAGCUUCCUGUGAAGAGAGAGGUGUGUGCGCUUGGGGUUGCUUCUUGGCCCCCCUUAGCCCGCCGUCCCCCUGUGGGUUCUGCCUGGGGCGGGGCAGGCCAGGCGUCCGUGGCCGAUCACCCCAGACCCUAGGAGGAGAAGCAGCCACUGAAGGAGGGUGUUCAGGACAUGCUGGUGAAGCACCACCUCUUCAGCUGGGACAUAGACGGGUGAUGAGCUUCCUCCUGCGGCCUCGUCAGGCCCGGGCUUCCCCCACCCCGUUGGCUCCCGAGCAGCCCCUUCCUCAAGCAAGAAGAGAACAGCGCGGUCCUGGCCGGCCUUGGGCCUGCUUGGGGAUGGGGUCCAAGGCGGCCCGGGCCCACUCCGGGCUGUGGGGGUGAAGGGGAGGCGACCCUGGAGCUCUGGCCAGGCACCGCGGCAUGGUGAGCGGGGACCCCACCUGGAACGCGCCGAGUGUCCCCAGAGGCCAGGGGUGGCAGGAGCAGAAGGUGGGGUUGAGCGGGCUCCUUGCAGCGCCUAGGGGAGUGCUCGGACCGGGUCUUCGUAGAGACCCCGGCCCCAGUUUCAGAGUUUGUACCAACCAGAAACCGUGUGAGGAGGUGGACAGCCAUCUCGGUUUUGUCCGCUUUUGCUCAGGAAGGGGAUGGGGUGGCUCAGGGCUCCUUGGUCUCUCUGGUUUGUCAAUAAAUUAUGUCCUUGGGAAAGCAUCUCCCGUCUUCUGUUCAGCUAGGGCCAUAGAGCUGUGUGUCCCAGGUUCUGUCCUUCCUGGAAUGGUCUAAAAAGCCUAGGACCCAGCCACACCACCCACCUUUUCUGUGGAUUGAACAAAAAUGGACCCAAAUCAGUGUUUUUUAAUUUUAUUUUAAAAAGUCCACACAGCUUCCCAACCUCUGUCCCAGCCCUGGUUUGGGGCUCCAUCCCUAAUCCCGUUAAUGACAGUGACCGGCCAGAAGAGAGGCUGGGCCCUAGGGCAAGAGGAGGCCACAGCUUAAGGGCCGCCGCCCCUCUGAUCCCAGGGCCACGGUGGCUGCAGUGAGGCAGCGGGACGGAAUGUGGGUGGGUGGCCAGGAAGCACCUCUGCCCUCGUGGCACUAGUACGGAGCAGGACACAGGCGGGGCACAGGCCGUGGCAGGGUGUCUGCAUG